UCGUUUGCAAGCAAAAGUGACACAAAAUUUUAAAAGAUAAAGUUAUUUAUUAAAUUAAAAAUAGUACAAAGUUAAUAAAAAAAGUAUAAAAAGUUUAGAUGUCGAUACUAAAUAUUAAACGUUCCACAUUCAGUAUUCAACCAAUGUCUCAGUAUAGCGACGAAACAAGCUGCUGCCCAGGUUGUAGCAGCCUCAAGGAAAAUAUUGAGCAACAAUUUAAGCAGAUGAACAAUACUAUACAAAAGCUUCAAGAAACUAUUGUCAACCAAAAUGGCAUAAUUAUGAAGUCCUUAGCUGAGCAGAAAGUGUUGACGGAAAGGGUUCUUCACCAAGAGGUAUCCAACAAUAAUGUACGUGCAGUUUUCCCCAUAAAAAGUGUCAACGACUUACACGACUUCAACACUAUUAUUAGUGAGGACAAUCGUGACCUCUACGUUAACAGGAUGAAGGCUUUGUUAAAAGGACGCCUGGCGAAAACGUUGACAGAUGUUAUUUCCCAAAGUGUGUGCAUAGAAGUCAAUUUGGAUGGAGUCCACGGCAAGAAGCGUUUGAAAGAUUUCAAAGCUUUUUACCAAACUUUAAUGGAUGCUUGUCGUUCGCUUGGUUUUGAAGACAACGAAAAGGAGAUAAGGAAUGCCUUAAAAAUCAUUAAAAAACGUCAUUUCCAUGCAGAAUGUUUAAAAAAUAAGAAGAAUAAAACAGAAAAUUAAUAAUUUA